AUGGAGGCCGCUCGUACUUCCUUGAUCCAUGCGGCUGCCCCCCCCUUCUUGUGGCCGUUUGCGGUCCGAUACGCUGCGCAUCAGCUCAACCUCUGGCCCCGUGUCUCCUUGCCGGAGACUUCACCGACACUGCGUUGGACGGGAGAGGUUGGCGAUGCGUCGCGUUUUCGGGUCUGGGGAUCUCGAGCUUUUGUUCGCGAUACGUCCGCGGACAAGCUCUCCUCCCGCGCUGUUCCUUGUGUCUUCCUUGGCUUUGUCCCGGACGCGUCUGGUUGGCAGUUUUACCACGCCACCUCGCGCCGUGUCCUGCCCUCUCAGGACGUCACUUUUGACGAGCCCGUGCCCUACUACCGCCUCUUCCCCUACCGCACUGCCCCGCUCCCCCCCCCGCCUCUCUUCCUCGCGCCAGGUGCUGCUGUGGUAGACCCCCUCCCCCCUCAGGGUGCCGCUCCCUCAGGUGUGUCCCAGGUAGACCCGGUUGAGCCUGUCGAGGUAGCUGUCGACUCUCGUCCUGCUAGGGGUGCUGAGCCUGAGCGUGCGGAGCCUGGGGGUGCGGAGCCUGGGGGUGCGGAGCCUGGGGUUGCGGAGUCUGGGGGUGCUGAGCCUAGGGGUGCGGAGCCUGCGGGUGCUGAGUCUGGGGGUGCUGAGUCUGGAGGUGCUGAGCCUGGGAGUGCUACACCUGGAGGAUCUCUCUCCUCACAGCAGCUGCGUGAGUGGUACUUACAGUACUGCAGCCUCAGGAGAGGUGCUUCAGGAGCUAGGAGUGCUGCUGGAGCUGGUGCUAGUGCUUCCCCUCCUAGGCGGGAGCUGCCCUCUCCCCAGCGGCUCCGAGAGUGGUACGCUCGGCGCUGCAGUCUCCGGAGUGGCGCUCCUAGUGUCGCGGACCCUGGUGCUGGGGGUGUUGCUGCUGCUGGCGGUGCUGCUGGCGCUACUGGAGGUGCUGCUGGUGCUGGAGCUGCUGGAGGUGCUGCUACUGGUGGUGCUGCUGGCGCUGCUGGAGGUACUGCUGGUGCUGGAGCUGCUGGAGCUGCUGGAGGUGUUGCUGCUGCUGGUGGUGCUGCUGGUGCUGGUGCUGCUGGAGCUGCUGGAGGUACUGCUACUACUAGAGGUGCUGCUGGUGCUGCUGACGCUGCUGGAGGUGCUGCUGGUGCUGGUGGUGCUGGUGGUGCUGCUGGAGCUGCUGGAGGUGCUGCUGGUGCUGGUGCUGCUGGAGCUGCUGGAGGUGCUGCCACUACUAGAGGUGCUGCUGGUGCUGCUGGAGCUGCUGGAGGUGCUGCUGCUGCUGGCGGUGCUACUGGCGCUGCUGGAGGUGCUGCUGGUGCUGGUGCUGCUGGAGCUGCUGGAGCCGCUGGUCCUGGAGGUGCUCGUACUGGAGGUACUGGAGCUGCUGGGACUGGGCCUGCUGAGGGGGUUGUCGCUGGAGGUGCUGAGCGGCCUCGGCCGUACUACGUUCCGCUCCUUCAGCAGCGUGUCCCUCUGCCGUCUCCUCCUGCGUCCUCUCUUCCUGACGUUGCUGACCCGCCGUCAGACCUUACUCGUGCUGCCAGUCCUACUGUCGCGCGUCUCCUUGCCACUGUUGUCACUGACCCUACCUUUGAGUCCUCUGUUGCGUCUGCUCUAGUCGCUGAGCUUGUGGACUUUGCUGCCGCCUGUCGUCUAGACUACGCCGCUAGCCUUGUUGCUGAGUCUGAGUCUGUCUGUCCUCCGUCCGUCGGGGGUGAGUGUGCUCUUGGCACGGACGUCUUUGAGGACAGACAGGAGGAGUUUGAGUGCUUCGCUGCUGCUUUACCUCAUCUCGUGUCCAUGCUGAUUGCCCCUGAGGGAGACCCGGAUGCACCAGACAUCCCGACCCCACGCUUCUACGCAGAGGCGAUGGAGGGUCUCUACUCCUCUCAGUGGCAGACAGCCAUGGACGCAGAGAUGGCUUCCUGGAAGUCCACAGGCACCUACGUUGACGAGGUUCCCCCACCUGGGGCGAACAUCGUCAGUGGCAUGUGGAUUUUCAGGGUGAAGCGGCCGCCGGGUUCUCCGCCUGUCUUCAAGGCGCGUUACGUUGCUCGAGGCUUCAGUCAGCGAGAGGGAGUUGACUUCUUCCAGACCUUCUCCCCGACCCCGAAGAUGACCACUCUUCGGGUUCUGCUGCACGUCGCAGCUCAGCGUGACUACGAGCUCCACUCUCUUGACUUCAGCACUGCGUUCCUACAGGGCAGCCUACACGAGGAGAUCUGGCUGCGCCGCCCACCUGGCUUCACUGGGUCGUUCCCUCCUGGUACCCAGUGGAGCCUCCGGCGGCCAGUCUACGGUCUCCGCCAGGCACCUCGUGAGUGGCACGACACACUGAGGACUACACUUGCGGCUCUUGGGUUUGCUCCUUCUACUGCUGACCCGUCGCUGUUUCUACGCACCGACACCACUCUGCCGCCGUUCUACGUUCUCGUGUACGUCGACGACUUGGUCUUUGCUACUGCUGACACUGAGGCACUCGCCCACGUGAAGUCGGAGCUGCAGAAGAGACACACGUGCACAGACCUGGGUGAGCUGACAAGCUAUCUUGGCUUGCGGAUCACCCGGGACAGAGCACAGCGCACCAUCACCUUGACUCAGUCACACAUGGUGCAGCAGGUCCUUCAGCGCUUCCGCUUCACGUACUCCUCGCCUCAGCCCACUCCUCUGCCUACUGGUCACUCGCUCUCAGCUCUGCCUUCGGAUGAGUCCGUAGAGCCGAGUGGCCCGUAUCCAGAGCUUGUGGGCUGCCUCAUGUACCUGAUGACCUGCACUCGACCUGACCUUGCAUACCCUCUUAGCAUCCUAGCACACUAUGUCGCUCCUGGCCGUCACCGGAAGGAGCACAUGGAUGCCGCUAAGAGGGUGUUGCGCUACUUGUGCAGUACGUCGGGCAUGGGGCUUGUGCUUGGAGGACGGCGCGACGUUGUCCUCACUGGACACUCAGACGCUUCUUGGGCUGACGACCAGGCUACGCAGUGGUCGUCUCAGGGUUACACCUUCAGCCUUGGCUCUGGCUCUGUUUCCUGGCGUUCUACACGCUCUUCCUCUGUUCUCAGCUCCUGUUGUGAGGCUGAGAUCUACGCCACAGCCAUGGCUGCCCAGGAGCUACGCUGGCUCACCUACUUGCUGACCGACCUCGGAGAGCGGCCUCGUUCUCCUCCAGUGCUGUACGUCGACAACAAGGCAGCCAUUGCCUUGUGUCAGGAGCACAGACUGGAGCACAGAACGAAGCACAUCGCUCUGCGCUACUUCCUUGCUCGAGAGCUGCAGCAGCGUGGUCAGCUUUGUCUUUCGUACGUGGCCACUCGGGCCAACACUGCUGAUGUGUUCACCAAGGCGCUUCAACCUUGUGAUCAUCAGCGUUUCUGUACUGUUCUAGGCCUUGUGCCUACUGUCCCUCACUUGCUCACUUCUUGA